AUGUCUCUAGUUGAGGUCACUUUCUGAAAAAUUACUUUGGAAUUAUUUUGGUCUUUCACUCCAUAGACAGACUGCAGAACAUACUGGGGUUGCUUAACCUACCUAGCGUGAGGUGUGUGACAGUAACAACUUAAGAGAUCCAGCACUGAAAUACUGUUUACCUGUGGCAAUGAAAUCUCUACUAACAGCAAAAUCAAGAGGAGCUUGUCAAGUUCAGAAUCAGCAGAUGCCUUGGAGCAGAAUGUUGCUGGGAUCACUGCUUGUCUUCAGUUUUCUGGUAGCUUCUGUGUCCUCUAAUGAGGAUUACUAUAAGUUACUGAAGGUGUCCAGAGAAGCCACAACCAGAGAGAUACGACAAGCCUUCAAAAGGCUGGCUCUGAUCAUGCACCCGGAUAAAAACCCAGUGAGUAGCCUGCCCUAUAUAUAUACAUACAUAUAUACAGUACCAGUCAAAAGUUUGGACACACCUACUCAUUCAAGGGUUUUUCUUUAUUUGUACUAUUUUCUACAUUGUAGAAUAAUAGUGAAGACAUCAAAACGAUGAAAUAACACAUAUGGAAUCAUGUAGUAACCAAAAUAUGUUUGAGAUUUGAGAUUCUUCAAAUAGCCACCCUUUGACCUGAUGACAGCUUUGCACACUCUUGGCAUUCUCUCAACCAGCUUCACCUGGAAUGCUUUUCCUACAGUCUUGAAGGAGUUCCCACAUAUGCUGAGCACUUGUUGGCUGCUUUUCCUUCACUCUGCCGUCCGACUCAUCCCAAACCAUUUCAAUUGGGUUGAGGUCGGGGGAUUGUGGAGGCCAGGUCAUCUGAUGCAGCACUCCUGGAGGUGUGUUGGGUCAUUGUCCUGUUGAAAAACAAAUGAUAUCCCACUAAGCCCAAACCAGAUGGGAUGGCGUAUCGCUGCAGAAUGCUGUGGUAGCCAUGCUAGUUACGUGUGCCUUGAAUUCUAAAUAAAUUACAGACAGUGUCACCAGCAAAGCACCCCACAUCAUAACACUACACAUGCGGAGAUCAUCCGUUCACCCACACCGCGUCUCACAAAGACACAGUGGUUUGAACCAAAAAUCUCAAAUUUGGACUCCAGACCAAAGGACAAAUUUCCACCGGUCUAAUGUCCAUUGAUUGUGUUUCUUGGCCCAAGCAGGUCUCUUCUUACUAUUGGUGUCCUUUAGUAGUGGUUUCUUUGUAGCAAUUCGACCAUGAAGGCCUGAGUCUGUUACUUGAACUCUGUGAAGUAUUUAUUUGGUCUGCAAUUUCUGAGGCUGGUAACUCUAAUGAACUUAUCCUCUGCAGCAGAGGUAACUCUGGGUCUUCCAUUCCUGUGGCGGUCCUCAUGAGAGCCAGUUUCAUCAUAGCGCUUGAUGGUUUUUGCAACUGCGCUUGAAGAAACUUUCAAAGUUCUUGAAAUGUUCUGUAUUGACUGACCUUCAUGUCUUAAAGUAAUGAUGGACUGUUGUUUCUCUUUGCUUAUUUGAGCUGUUCUUGCCAUAAUAUGGACUUAGUCUUUUACCAAAUAGGGCUAUCUUCUGUGUACCCCCCUACCUUGUCACAACAGAACUGAUUGGCUCAAACGCAUUAAGAAGGAAAUAAAUUCCACAAAUUAACUUUUAAGAAGGCACACCUGUUAAUUGAAAUGCAUUGCAGGUGACUACCUCAUGAAGCUGGUUGAGAGAAUGCCAAGAGUGUGCAAAGCUGUCAUCAAGUCAAAGGGUGGCUAUUUGAAGAAUCUCAAAUAUAAACUAUAUGUUUGAUUUAUUUAGCACUUUUUUGGUUACUACAUGAUUCCAAAUGUGUUAUUUCAUAGUUUUGAUGUCUUCACUAUUAUUCUACAAUGUAAAAAUAAAGAAAAACCCUUGAAUGAGUAGGUGUGUCCUAACUUUUGACUGGUACUGUAUAUAUAUGUAUUAGAUGUUAUAACAUGUUAAAAUGUUGUACAUUUUAUCAUAGUCUGUAACAUAUCACAACAUACUGGUGAUUUCCUAGUCUGGUCCCAGAUCUGUUUUAGCUGUCUUUCCUACUCCUUUAGUCAUUGUCACACCAAAACAGCGCAAACACAUCUGGUACCAAGCUAGGUCCAGUACUUGAUUUGUUAUGUUGUUCUCAUUCUCCAGCAUGAUGAAACUGCCCACGACAAGUUCCUGAAGGUAACCCGAGCAUAUGAAGUUUUGAAGGAUGACGAUCUGAGGAAGAAGUAUGACAAGUAUGGAGAGAAGGGUCUGCAGGACGAGCAGCAGGGAGGAGGACGAUAUGAGAGCUGGAACUACUAUAGAAAUGAAUUUGGUAAUUCGUUGUUAGAGUAGUCUUAAGAAUUUGAAAUGCAAACAUUGACAAUAAAUAUAUUUAAAAAAGGGAUUGAUAAGCCACAGCUAACAUGCAACAUUUUCAGUCAUUUCCUCAGGAAGUUGGUGUUUUCUUAUCAUCUUAGUCUUUCUGUCUUGUUUCUGCAGGUAUCUAUGAUGAUGACCUAGAGAUUGUCACUUUAGAUAGGGGAGACUUCGGUAAGUGAUGUCACAGUAUUCCAUACCUUCACAGCCAACCUUUUUUUGGGGGGGGGGGGGUAAGUUUGUUGUUGUUGUGAUACUGACUCUACUACCAUAGAUGCAGCAGUGAACUCUGGAGAACUCUGGUUUGUCAACUUCUACUUCCCUCGUUGUCAUCACUGUCACGAGCUGGCUCCCACGGUAAUACUUUCCUCACUCACUCUAAAAGUGCAAUCUACAAUAUUUACUGCUAUUCAUUGGUUGUUUCAUAUACUUAAUUAAAAUGUCCAUUGAACAGUAUGAGAUAUUGCAGAUGGUACCUUUUUUUUUUUUUUUAUCCUCUUCAUUUAUCCUUUGAUAAUUGUUAUCUAUGUUUAAUAUUUCAACAUGAUAUGAUAUUAUGUUACUUAGUGUGUGUGUGUGUGUUUCCACAGUGGAGGGAGUUUGCUAAGGAGAUGGAUGGAGUGAUCAGGAUAGGAGCCGUGAACUGCGGAGACAACAACAGACUGUGUCGAAGCAAAGGCAUCAACAGCUACCCAAGCCUCUACAUUUACAAAGCUGGAAUGGUAGGAGAAACAUCACAGCUUUCUUUAGGUUUGCUCUGUCAUGCAUCACGUAGCCUGGUUAAACCAGACUGAAUGCUAAGCUCACCAUUGUUUUAGCACAUCGUUCAAUCUGUUUUAACCAGGUUAUGUAUCACUCACUGAUUUAUGGUGUUAGGAACAACACUCUAAAACCGAUCCCUUUCUGUCGUCCAAUAGAAUCCAGAGAAAUAUUUUGGAGAUAGGGCCAAGGAGAGUUUAACUAAGUUCGGCAUGCAGUUUGUGAAGAGCAGAGUUACAGAGCUGUGGCAAGGCAAUGUCUUCACUGAGAUUGAGGCAGCGUUUUCAUCUGGAGUUGGAUGGCUGAUCACCUUCUGUGCUGACUCUGGAGGUAAGACAGGCUGUUAAGGGUUACGUUGAGAUGCUUUGUCAUGUUUACAAAUAGAGACUUUUAGUCAGAAUUAGUGAAACCAAUAUGGUAUUAAUUGUAUUUUCUAUACAGUUAAAAUAGGAUCUGUGUUUGAUCUCUUCAUAGACUGUCUAGAGUCAAAGACGAGGCAAAAAUUAGCUGGAAUGUUGGUAAGUUCUCAUUGAACCCAUGCUGUAUGUUUACCUUCCCAUGAGCAUACAUUGAUAUUUUGACUGAAUGUCUCUUCUUGUGUCCUCUUCAGGAAGGUCUAGUGAAUGUGGGCUGGAUGGACUGCUCUACACAGGCUGAGUUGUGUGACAGCUUUGAGGUGACCACCAGCACCACAGCCUUCUUUCCCCCCGGCAGUUCACUGAAGAACAAGGGCAGCGUGCUGGUAAGAGAGGCCCAUGUUUUAGUUUUGUUUGCGCACACUAAAAACAAAGAACAACAUUAAAUGUAUUUGUAAGUGAGAAGGAGAAACCCAGGAUGGGUUUAUGAAGAAGCCUCACCAUACAUACAGUUGAAGUCGGAAGUUUACACCUUAGCCAAAUAGUUAAACUCAGUUAUUCACAAUUCCUGACAUUUUAAUUCUAGUAAAAAUUCCCUGUCUUAGGUCAGUUAGGAUCACCACUUUAUUUUAAGAAUGUGAAAUGUCAGAAUAAUAGUAGAGAGAGAUUUAUUUCAGCUUUUAUUUAUUUCAUCACAUUCCCAGUGGGUCAAAAGUUUACAUACACUCAAUUAGUAUUUGGUAGCGUUGCCUUUAAAUUGUUUAACUUGGGUCAAACAUUUCGGGUAGCCUUCCACAAGCUUCCCACAAUAAGUUGGGUGAAUUUUGGCCCAUUCCUCCUGACAGAGCUGGUGUAACUGAGUCAGGUUUGUAGGCCUCCUUGCUCACACACGCUUUUUCAGUUCUGCCCACAAAUGUUCUAUAGGAUUGAGGUCAGGGCUUUGUGAUGGCCACUCCAAUACCUUGACUUUGUUGUCCUUAAGUCAUUUUACCACAACUUUGGAAGUAUGUUUGGGGUCAUUGCCCAUUUGGAAGACUCAUUUGUGACCAACCUCAUGAUGCCAUCUAUUUUGUGAAGUGCACCAGUCCCUCCUGCAGCAAAGCACCCCCACAGCAUGAUGCUGCCAACCCCGUGCUUCACGGUUGGGAUGGUGUUUUUUGUCUUGGCUGAUUUCUUUUGAUUUUCCCAUGAUGUCAAGCAAAGAGUGAAAUAAUCUGUCUAUAAACAAUUGUUGGAAAAAUGACUUGUGUCAUGCACAAAGUAGAUGUCCUAACCGACUUGCCAAAACUAUAGUUUGUUAACAAGGAUUUGUGGAGUGGUUUAAAAACGAGUUUUAAUGACUCCAACCUAAGUGUAUGUAAACUUCCGACUUCAACUGUAGCUAAGAGAACACUUUUUUAUGUUUUAUUGAGAUGAUAGAAUCGUAACUGUUGUGAAAGCACAGUUUUACAACAAACAUUGGUUUCAUCACAACAGUUCAUGCAGAGUUUGGACACCAGAGAGAUCUAUGGAGAGGUGAUGCAGCAUCUGCCUGACCUGGAGGCUCUUACUAAGGAAACCUUCCAGGUACAGUAAUAAUAAUCAAAGCUAAGGUACAGUAAAAAUCAUCUGCAUUGCAGUCUCGUGCAACCAUGUAUUUAUUGUGCAUGGGGGGGGGGUUUAUGUCUUCAUUUGUAUGCCGGCUUGAAUGUUGUGGAUAUUUCAGUGGUGUCCUGAUGUUCUUUCUUCUUCUUAGUAAUAAUAGACCUACCUAGUAAAAAGAACCACAUAUAUUUGACAUGAAAUAAUCUAUUGUCUGACAUUAUUUCAGUUGGGGAAAACACCUGUAGUGGUGAUGCUGAAAUAUUUAGGGGGAAAAGUGAUUCUGUCCUAUUCUAUUGUGUUCUAUUCUAUUCAACAUCGGUCUCUGUAGAGUAAACUGGCCCAUCAUCGGUGGCUGGUCAGUUUUUCUUUCGGACAGAAGACCAUUGCGUCUCAUGAGUAUAAGAAGCUCAAGGCUCUUCUGAAGGCGGCCCACAUACAGGUAAGUUCUGGAAUCCACAAUGAAUAUCGCUCUGAUUCACUGUUCAUUCACGUCACUGAUUCAGUCUGGAUGUUUAAUACUGCCAGGACUCUGUGCUUUUUCUCAGGUGGGAAAGGUGGACUGCCUUACUGACUCAGAACUGUGCGUCUCCUUCUACAUUCAAAAGCCCUGCAUCGCUGUCUUCAAAGGCCUUGGGAUUCAUGACUUCGAGAUACACCAUGGUAAGUCAACGUCUUAUUCGAACACAAGCGAUUUUUGUAUUUUAUCUCUCUAUUUCACUCGGCAUUCCUUUUCACUGGUUGUUGUAUAUCUAUUUAUUUUGUUAUUCUUGUGUUUUGUUUUUCAUGAGAGCUUGAGUGAGUAAGAUUUCCAAUGUAUUUCUUAUAAAUGGCAAAUAAACGGUUUCUGUUCUCCCAGGGAAGGAUGUGCUGUAUAACAUCAUAGCGUUUGCUAAGGAGAGUGUCAGCGCCCAUGUCACCACUCUGAGACCAGAGAACUUCCCCAGUGAUGGAAAGGAGCCCUGGCUAGUUGACUUCUUUGCUCCUGUAAGUAUCGGCCUUAUGUUAGUGACUAAUACUCUACUUGCUUAUCGAUGUUCACAGUUGACUACGUGUUGACAUGUAUUGAAAGAUAGGUGUGGCUACUAAGGAAAUAAUCUGUUGGUGACUAACAUUAAUCCCUGAAAGUAAACAGACAUUAUUGUUGUGUAACGUGGACUAGAUCCAGUUGAUUUGGCUGAGACAUUGGGUGAGGUCCAUGAACAAAUACUAAUAUACUGUUUCCUUGUAGUGGUGUCCACCCUGUCGUGCUCUCCUCCCUGAGCUGAGGAAAGCCUCGAUCCAGCUGUUUGGUCAGAUGAAGUUUGGAACGCUGGACUGCACCGUGCAUGAGAGACUCUGCAGCAUGGUGAGUGUCGGGAGAACAUACCAAACGUAAACCCAAACCCCCUAGAUGUGGUAUUCUUCUAUGUAUUCCACAAUAUCGGCCAAGAUGUAUUGAGGGAGCCUGGUUGCCAGUCUGUUUAGCUAGCAUUCCACACCUUGUACUCCAUGUCAUGUGCAUAUGAUGCAGGGUAAAAUUAGUGGAAUGUUAGGUAAAAAGACUGCCAACCAGGUUAGUAUUGAGGAGCCAGCCAUGCAAGACUGUUGCUCUAAAAUUCCAGAGUAAAUAACUAGGUUCCAGAGUUUAACUAUGUCCCCAAAUCAUGGCCCUACUGUAUGACGUAAUCUCUCACUAUAAUGAAGGUAUUGAUCAUGAUUGAAGUGAAUAAUACGCAUUUCAUUCAAUGGACUUAACUUAGUAUGACUCACACAUAUCAACAAAGCCGUUUUUAUUUCUUCCGGUAACAUUUUUACUGCUUUCUUCUGGGCUGUAUGGCAUACAGGCGUAG